AUGGAAGCUAUAAGCAAUGAACCAUCUCUGGAUGUCCCAACUCAUAUUAUAUUAGAUGAUCCAAUGAUACAGCCAGUAGAGGAACGAAUAAUGGAAGCUAUAAGUAAUGAACCAUCUCUGGAUGUCCCAACUGAUGAACCAAUGAUACAAAUUUCUGAAGCAGAACAAUCCUCUUUGAGCAUAUCAGCAGUGAGUGUAGUUGACAACAGAAUUGACAUUCAUCUAGAUUCCCAGCCUAUCAAUGAUGGCCCUGCCGAUAACCCACAUGCCUCCUCAACAGAUGGGGUCGAAACGAUGUCCUUUCAAAGUGCGCAACUGUUAACGACUAGUCCAGGGUUGAGUCUAAUAGCCCAGUUCGAAUCCACUGAAGACAGUGAUACAGACAGCUCCAGUGACUCUUCUGAUGACUCCAUUGCUGUGGCUAGCGACACCGAACCUAUCGAGAGACAACAGUCCACGGUUGUGGAUACCUGUCCCAAAGUCAAGGGUGAAAUCGACUAUCGAGAGCUACCGCCCAACGAUGAGUGCAAGAUUGUUUUUCCUUCAGAUGGCAAGUUACUACCCAUUGGGGAGGUCUCCCACUAUACAGAGAAACUCAUUGUCAUCCAGUCGUUUCCAAACACCCCUGCAGUAAAUGAAGGCACUGUUCUCUGGAAAGGAGACAAAACUUCUAUAGCUCGUAUCUUUGAGACGUUUGGUCCAGUGAAAACACCAUUUUAUUCGAUUUUAGUGCAGUCCAAGGAGCAUGCCAAUAGGUUAGGCCUAACAACUGGUGACACCGUGUAUGUUGUACCUGGUGAUCUGAGCUUAACUAUGUAUGUGUUUACCAGCAAGCUGCUCGAACAGAAAGGCUGUGAUGCUUCGUGGAAAAACGAUGUGGAAAUGCCAGAUGAGUAUCAACAAUUCUCAGACGAUGAGCAAGAGAUAAGUAAAAGGAAAAAUAAGAAACAGGGACAAAAACAAACUUCUGAAAAAAAAGGUCCCUCUCCUCAACCAUCAAGUGGAACCUACCAACGAAGUAAUCCAUCAAGUGGCAUCUAUCAACGAAGUAAUCCAUCAAGUGGCACCUACCAACGAAGCAAUCCAUCAAGUGGUAUCUACCAACAAAGCAACCCAUCGAGUGGCACAUACCAAAGAAGUAUUCCAUCAACAAGUGAUACCUACCAAAGAAGUAAUCCAUCAAGUGGUACCUACCAAAGAAGUAAUCCUUUCAAUGUGCCUCGAAUGGUGUCACCUCAAGUAGGUACAUACCCUCUGCCUGCAUAUUCAGAGACUCAGUACAGGCCUCCUAGUCAGCCACUUAUGUACUCACCUAAUCAUGCCAUUUCAUCACCCCCUUAUCGUCCGCCUUUUUUUGGUCAUACGUACCCUUAUCCCCCACUCCCACCACCUCCCCCAGGGUACCACCCUUGGAAUAGAUUUCCACCACCACAAUAAUUGUUGUUUUUAACGUGAUUUUGUGUUUACAUGACAUUGUGAUAUUUGAUAACUCGUGAACAA